UCACUAUUUGUAGCUUGUUGUCUGCAUUCUGACUGGGCUCGCUUGGAUUCUGUUCACCAUGCCAACAGUGGUGGUGAUGGACGUGUCCCUCUCCAUGACUCAGCCUGUGUCAAUCGAGGGGUCUGAGGAAUACCAGCGGAAGCACCUUGCAGCCCAUGGGUUGACAAUGCUGUUUGAGCACAUGGCCACAAACUAUAAGCUUGAAUUCACAGCAUUAGUGGUUUUCUCAUCGCUUUGGGAGCUGAUGGUCCGCUUCACAAGAGAUUAUAACACCCUGCAGGUCGUUCUGGUGACGGACGGCUGUCUCGGCAUUGGUAGAGGGUCCCUGCGACAUUCCCUAGCAACACACAAUCAAAGGAGCGACAGCAACAGGUUCCCGCUGCCUUUCCCUUUCCCGUCUAAGUUAUACAUCAUGUGCAUGGCAAACCUGGAAGAGGUAAUGCCUUCUGCUAACUGCUUUUUAGAUGGGUUAGGUAAAUCCCAGGGCUUGGUUUAUUUGUCAAUAUAUUCAAUGAACACUCUUGCGUACAGUAUAACAUUUAGAUUUGAAAAGAGUUGAUUUCACAUGCUCUUUGACAUAACAACACUCACCUCUACGAGAGUAUAGCUGGAGAU